AUGGGGGGCUCCGAGACGCCCACCCUCGACGGCACCGCCGCCGCCACCAGCGGCAGCAAUGAUUGGCAUCUCAAGCACAAGGUCGUGGCGACCGACGAGCGCGACCGGGCGUCCAACUUGCCGCGCCGCGAGCUCGGCGUCACCUGGACGGACCUGACGGUCGAGGCGGUCAGCUCCGACGCCGCCAUCCACGAGAAUGUCGGGUCGCAGCUCAAUAUUGUGCAAAAGAUUCGCGAGUCGCGCCAGAAGCCGCCCAUGAAGACCAUUCUCGACCGCGUGCACGGCUGCGUGCGGCCCGGCGAGAUGCUGCUCGUCCUCGGCCGCCCCGGCUCCGGCUGCACCACGCUGCUCAAGAUGCUGGCCAACGACCGCCGCGGCUUCGCCAACGUGGCCGGCGACGUGCGCUUCGGCUCCAUGACGGCCGACGAGGCCAAGCGCUACCGCGGCCAAAUCAUCAUGAACACCGAGGAGGAAAUCUUCUUUCCCACCCUGACCGUCGGGCAGACCAUGGACUUUGCCACCCGCCUCAACGUGCCCUUUACGCUGCCGCAGGGCGUCGAGGACCGCGACAAGCACAAGGAGGAGGCGAGGGACUUUUUGCUCCAGUCCAUGGGCAUUGAGCACACGCACGAUACCAAAGUCGGCAAUGCGUUUGUCCGCGGCGUCUCAGGAGGCGAGCGCAAGCGCGUGUCCAUUAUUGAGUGUUUGGCCACCAACGGCAGCGUCUUUUGCUGGGACAAUUCCACUCGAGGUCUCGAUGCCAGCAGUGCUCUCGACUACACAAAGGCCGUCCGCGCCUUGACCGACGUCCUCGGCCUCUCGUCCAUUGUCACGCUCUACCAGGCCGGCAACGGCAUCUACAACCUCUUUGACAAGGUGCUCGUGCUCGACGAGGGCAAGGAGACGUUUUACGGACCCAUGGCCGAGGCGCGGCCCUUUAUGGAGGAGCUCGGCUUCAUCUGCGAGCCCGGGGCCAACGUCGCCGACUACCUGACGGGCGUCACCAUUCCCUCGGAGCGCAAGGUGCAGCCGGCCAAGCGCGACAAGUUCCCGCGCACCGCCGCCGCCAUCCGCGAAGCCUACGAGGCCUCGCCGAUCUGCGCCCGCAUGGCCGCCGAGUACGACUACCCGACGACGGCCCAGGCGCGCGACCGCACCGCCGACUUUGAAAAGUCGGUCGCCCUCGAGAAGCACAAGGGCAUCCCGCGGAGCAGCCCGCUGACGGUCAGCUUCCCGCAGCAGGUCCGCGCCUGCGUCGAGCGCCAGUACCAGAUCAUCUGGGGCGACAAGCCCACCUUUAUCAUCAAGCAGGUCACCAACAUCAUCCAGGCCCUCAUCGCCGGCUCCCUCUUUUACAACGCGCCGAGUAACACGGCCGGUCUGCUCUCCAAGUCUGGCACGCUCUUCUUUUCUCUCCUCUACCCUACCCUGGUUGCCAUGUCUGAAGUGACGGAUUCCUUUAAUGGAAGACCGGUCCUGGUCAAGCACAAGUCCUUUGCCUUUUUCCACCCUGCUGCAUUCUGUCUCGCCCAGAUUGCCGCCGACAUUCCUGUCUUACUCUUCCAGACGUCCACGUUUUCCCUGAUUCUCUAUUUCAUGGUCGACUUGGAGCGCACCGCUGGGGCCUUCUUCACCUACUGGAUCAUUGUCGUGUCUGCCGGCUUUUGCAUGACGGCACUGUUCCGUGCCAUCGGCGCCUUGUUCAAGACGUUUGACGAUGCUUCCAAGGUGUCCGGCGUCGUCGUCACUGCCGCCUUUCUCUACGCAGGUUUCCAGCUCCGAAAGCCCGAGAUGCAUCCCUGGCUGGUCUGGGUAUUCUGGAUCGACCCCCUCGCGUACGCCUUUGACGCCCUGCUCUCCAACGAGUUCCACGGCAAGAUUGUCGAUUGCGUCGGAAACAAUCUCAUCCCCAGCGGUCCCGACUACGCCAACUCGACGCACAGUGCGUGUGCCGGCAUCGGCGGCGGCAAGCCCGGGACGUCCUUUAUCCUCGGCGACGACUACCUCGCCUCGCUGUCCUACAGCCACGCCCAUCUCUGGCGCAACUUUGGCAUCGUCUGGGCUUGGUGGGCGCUCUUUGUCGGCGUGACAGUCUGGGCCACGUGCCGAUGGAAGUCGCCCUCGGAAAACGGCCCGAGCCUGGUGAUUCCCCGCGAGAACAGCAAGUACGUCACCAUCAACCCCAACGCCGACGAGGAGAACCUCAACGCCAAGGAGCUGCCCGUCUCCACGGACGCUACCCCCUCCAGCACCGAGGAGGAAGGCAGCAGCGACCCUCUUCAGAACAAGCUCGUCCGAAACACGUCCAUCUUUACGUGGAAGAACCUCUCGUACACUGUCAAGACGCCCUCGGGAGACCGUCUCCUGCUCGACAAUGUCCAGGGCUGGAUCAAGCCCGGCAAUCUGACGGCGCUCAUGGGAUCCUCGGGCGCCGGCAAGACGACGCUCCUCGACGUGCUCGCCCAACGCAAGACGGACGGCACCAUUACCGGUUCCGUCCUCGUCGACGGCCGCCCGCUCCCCGUCUCCUUCCAGCGGUCGGCGGGCUACUGCGAGCAGCUCGACGUGCACGAGGCGUACGCGACGGUCCGCGAGGCGCUCGAGUUCUCGGCGCUCCUCCGCCAGAGCCGCGAGACGCCGCGCGAGGAGAAGCUCGCCUACGUCGACACCAUCAUCGACCUGCUCGAGCUCAAGCCCCUCGCCGACACGCUCAUCGGCGAGGUCGGCGCGGGCCUGUCCGUGGAGCAGCGCAAGCGCGUCACCAUUGGCGUCGAGCUCGUGUCCAAGCCCAGCAUCCUCAUCUUCCUCGACGAGCCCACGUCGGGCCUCGACGGGCAGUCGGCCUACCGCACCGUCAAGUUCCUGCGCAAGCUCGCCGCCGUCGGGCAGGCGGUGCUCGUCACCAUCCACCAGCCCUCGGCGCAGCUCUUUUCGCAGUUUGACAGCCUGCUGCUGCUCGCGCGCGGCGGCAAGACCGUCUACUUUGGCGACAUUGGCGAGCACGGCCAGACCAUCAAGGACUACUUUGGCCGCAACGGCUGCCCCUGCCCGCCCGACGCCAACCCGGCCGAGUACAUGAUUGACGUCGUCUCGGGCAACAGCGUCGACAGCCGCGACUGGAGCCAGAUCUGGCUCCAGUCGCCCGAGCACGACAAGAUGACGGCCGAGCUCGACGCCAUCAUCGCCGACGCCGCCGCCAAGCCCCCCGGCACCGUAGAUGACGGCCACGAGUUUGCCACGCCCAUGGCCGAGCAGAUUCGCGUCGUCACCCACCGCAUGAACGUCUCGCUCUGGCGCAACACCGAGUACGUCAACAACAAGGUCAUGCUGCACGUCUUUUCCGCCCUCUUCAACGGCUUCUCCUUUUGGAUGAUUGGCAACUCCUUCAACGACUUGCAGGCCAAGAUGUUUGCCAUUUUCCAAUUCAUCUUUGUCGCCCCCGGCGUGCUCGCCCAGCUGCAGCCGCUCUUCAUCAGCCGCCGCGACAUUUUCGAGACGCGCGAGAAAAAGUCCAAGACGUACUCGUGGUUCGCCUUCACCACCGGCCUCAUCGUCUCCGAGAUGCCCUACCUGGUUCUGUGCGGCGUCAUCUACUAUGUCUGCUGGUACUACACCGUCGGCUUCCCCGGCGCCUCCUCGCGCGCCGGCUCAACCUUUUUCGUCAUGCUCAUGUACGAAUUCCUGUACACGGGCAUUGGCCAGUUCAUUGCCGCCUACGCGCCCAACGUCGUGUCUGCCACGCUCGUCAACCCCCUCAUCAUCGGUGUCCUCGUCUCCUUUUGCGGCGUGCUGGUGCCGUAUGCCCAGAUCCAGCCGUUCUGGCGCUACUGGAUCUACUAUCUCAACCCCUUCAACUACCUCAUGGGCAGCAUCCUCACCUUCACCAUGUGGGGUCAGGACGUUAAUUGCAGAGAGAGCGAGUUUGCGCGCUUUGAUCCUCCCAGCGGCCAGUCGUGCAGCCAGUAUCUCGAUUCCUAUCUCCACUCGCAGGGUCCUGGUGCUGUCGCCAACUUGGUGAAUCCCGAUGCCACGUCGGACUGCAAAGUUUGCACCUACACCAAGGCCCAGGACUACCUGCGUACCCUCAACCUGAAUGAGUACUACUAUGGCUGGCGAGAUGCGGCCAUUGUUGUCCUCUUGGUAUUCAGCUCUUACAUCCUCGUGUAUGUUCUGAUGAAGCUACGCACCAAGAGAUCCAAGCAAGCAGAGUAA